AUUGUUACGCGCGGGUACGAAUUUCUUAUAUUAUUUAUUAUCUCAGUGCACGUGGGCUACGGUAUAAUAUUAUUGUAAUUUUGUUAUUGUUUUACUGUUAAUUAAUAAUUAGACAUAAAGUCAAUAAUUUAACAAAAGGUUCCACGCAUUGACCCAUACGCCGCUAGCGUAUUUUAACCAGCCUCAGGUCAAAUGGGCAAGUCGUCCAAGGACAAGCGUGACAUAUACUACCGGCUGGCCAAGGAACAGGGUUGGCGGGCCCGAAGCGCGUUCAAACUGAUCCAGAUCGACGGACAGUUCAAAGUGCUGGACGGCGUUAGUCGAGUGGUGGACCUGUGCGCGGCCCCCGGAAGCUGGAGCCAAGUGCUGAGCAAGGCACUGUACUCGGACCGCGGUGGUAAGGACGACGUGAAGAUCGUCGCGGUAGACCUUCAGUCGAUGGCCCCGCUCCCCGGCGUCGUGCAGCUGAAGGGCGACAUCACCAAGGAGAGUACCGCCAAAGAGAUACUUUCCCAGUUCGAGGAGGGACAACUGGUGGACCUGGUCGUGUUCGACGGCGCGCCGGACGUCACCGGGCUCCACGAUCUGGACGAGUAUGUGCAGGCACAACUGCUGCUUGCCGCUAUGAACAUCACCACUUAUCUGCUCAAGCCGGGCGGCACGUUCAUUGGGAAGAUAUUCCGCGGCAAAGACUCCUCCCUGCUCAUUGCCCAGCUCGAGAUAUUCUUCGGCGACGUGGUCGUCGCCAAGCCGUGUAGCUCUCGCAAUUCCAGCAUUGAGUCUUUUGUUGUGUGCCGAGACUUCCGAUUGCCCGAUGGCUACACUCCCACCAUGGCCAAUCCGCUAAUGACCAAUGACUCGCGGCCCUGGGAUGAGAUGGACGUGCAUCCGAUCAUCACGCCAUUCGUGGCUUGCGGUAGUUUGAGCGGCUUUGAUGCCGACAAGACCUAUCCUUUAGAAAUUGAUGGCCUGCAAUACACACAGAGGAAUCCUGUACAGGGGCCGAUAGCACCACCGUAUGAGAAAUCAAAGCCGUUGAUAACUACAAAGGGCAUGAGUGUUGUCCAUACACCUGUUGACCAAGUCGUUGCCUGUACGGAAAAAUUGACUUUUGACUAAUUUUUAUGUCACCGUAGGUUACGAUUAUAUUCUCUAAAUUACAUCAAUGUUUAUGAUUUGCAAUACAUCUACUCAUGUAUUUUGUGUACCUUAAGUAUUA